CUAAUUAUUAUGUAGCAAUGCAAGUCUGCAGGACUUGGUAACUGAUCCAGUGUGAGAGUUAAGAGUGGAGGAGAGGGAUGAACCAGAGAGGAGAGGACUCCAAGGCAAAUCUUAAGUACCAUGUUUUAUAUGUCAGAAAAAUUAGACCCAGUUGUGAAGUUAUUUUGCUCAACUUUAUGCCAAUAAAUUUGAUAACCUAAGUGAAAUGGAUGACUACCUCCAAAAAUAUAGACAGGUAUAUAAGCAGAAGAACUAGAAUCCAUUGAAUGCAAUUGGAGAUAGAAGAGAAGGCUUUAAAGAUAAAAAGAGAUAGUGAAGAUGGGAGAGAAAGUGUAAGUCCAACAACCACUGAGCCUCUGAUGGAUUGACCAAUUUUCCAAAAGGGCAAUGGAGAGUGCCACCAUCCCCUGGAACCAAAGUGUUAACGUCACUCUGAACGGGAAUGAGGUGGGCUACAAGUGCAAGUUCGAUGAAGACUUUAAGUACGUGCUUCUGCCAGUGUCCUACGGCGUGGUUUGUGUGCUAGGGCUCUGUCUCAAUGCCCUGGCCCUCUACAUUUUCCUCUGCCGGAUUAAGACGUGGAAUUCCGCCACCACCUUUAUGUUCAACCUUGCCAUAUCCGACACUCUCUAUGUGAUCUCCUUGCCCCUCCUCAUCUACUACUAUUCCCACGGGGACCACUGGCCCUUCAGCAUAACCCUCUGCAAGCUGGUGAGGUUCCUCUUCUACACCAAUCUCUAUGGCAGCAUCCUCUUCCUGCUGUGCAUCAGCAUGCACCGCUUCCUGGGAGUCUGCUUCCCCCUGCAGUCGCUGCGCUGGGGCAGCGUGCGCUACGCCCGCCGCAUGGCAGCCGUCGUGUGGGUCAUCGUGAUUAGCUGUCAGUCGCCCAUGCUGUACUUCGUCACCACCAGCAGCCGGCCUGAUGGGGUCACUUGCCACGACACAUCAGCCCGUCACUUGUUCGACGACUUUAUAGCCUACAACUCGAUCAUCCUUGUGCUGCUCUUUGUUGUGCCCUUUCUAAUCAUCCUGGUGUGCUACACGCUGAUGGUCCGGCAACUUCUGCGACCCACGAUGGGGCAGUCCCGGCUCUCUCGGUCCAAGCGCAAAUCGCUCAGGAUGAUCAUUCUGGUCUUGGUCGUCUUUUCUCUGUGCUUCCUCCCUUUCCACGUCACCCGUACGCUCUACUACACCUUCCGAUCUUUGGAUGUGAACUGUUAUUCCCUUAAUGCCAUCAACAUAGCCUAUAAGGUCACUCGCCCACUUGCCAGUGCCAACAGCUUCCUGGACCCUGUGCUCUACUUCCUGGCUGGCCAGCGGUUCGUCAGGUUUGCUCGCCACGUCCUGCCCCCACCAGAGGAUGGCCACAAGAUGGUGAUUCAGAACCCCAACACUCUGGACAGUGGGCGGACUCGAAGCAGCCCAGGCACAAGUGAGGACCGCAAAGAUGCUCAGCUGUAGGGUCAGAAGGACUUGUGUGUCUUCGUCCAGGCCCCGCAUAUCCCCCAUCCUCCAUUUGGGUGAGAAUGGGGAGCAGUCAGGAGAGGGGCUGGAGCUGCUUAGUCACACAAUACGUGAAAGUCUCCACUCGAUAGAGGAGCGUUUGUCCUUGGAGACCAACCACAGGAAGACAAGAGGGAGGUAGACAUUUGUCAUCACCACCUGCAGGGCGCCAGGAGAGACCCAUGACUGUGACUGAACUGGACGUCUACCGUUUAGUAUCAGCAAGUAGUGAGGUGCUGACUGGGAAAUAAGUGCCCUGGGAUCUCUCACUGCCUGGAUGGAUGACCCAGGAUAGGCCAGUACAUUCCCUCCCAGCCUCAGUUUCCUCUGACUAAAAAGUAACCUAUUUGUGUAUUUAAGACUGGUAAAAGAUGGGGGAAAAGUCCUUCUGUAUUAAAAGCAUUAAGUACUGUGUAUGUUUAACUAGGGGAAGAUUUGGGGUAGGAGGGAAAAAUACUCAUUGCCUUCAAAAAAUCUAAAGAGCUGUUAUGGGGCAGGGGAAGGAUUACGCUAGUCUUUGGUGCUUGGGAGAGUAGAACUUGGACAAUGGUGGGACAAGGAGUAACAUAAAGGCAAAUGUGGGUUCCAAAAAAAGCCUAAUAAUAAUUUCUUAUGACUAGAGCUGUCCCAGAGUGGAAGGUACUGCCUCAGGAGAGAAUGAGUAGGAAGGCUCUUUGUCUAGGGACAGGUGGCACUAGGUGCCUUGUCAAGUGGCAGUCAGUUUCAAUAAAUCUAUGAAGG